AUGUCUGAUAUAAUAGACACUGAAGAAAUAGACCGAGACACAGUAGAUGUAGAAGUUCUCGAGCAACAGUUUAAAAAUAAAUAUAAGUUGCUCACAGAAACAGCGGUAUCGCUUACGAAGUCUUACAUCAAUAAACUACAUGGGAAUAAAUCUCUCAAACUAGCAGUAAGCCAAUCAGAUAAUAGCAUAGAGGUUUAUCAACUUAACAACUCAUCUCUGACAAAAGUGUGUCGGCUGAGUGGGCACGCUAAAGGCCUAACAGAAGUGGUGUGUGACCCUAAAGAAGAACACCAAAUAUACUCUUCAGGGCUAGAUGGAGUUCUCAAGUUGUGGGAUACCAGGACGAGCGGCAGUUGUGUCCAGGAGUACAAAGAUGAAGAGGAAGAAUUAUUAAGGCCAUAUGAAUGUAUGGAUGUGUCACACAAUGGCCGAGUAAUGUGUGCCGGUAGCCAGUUGGUAGAAGAUGAUGCAUAUCUUGUGUUCUGGGAUCAGAGGGUCACUAAACCCCUGGGGGGUUACUGGAACUCUCAUACUGAUGAUAUUACACAGGUGAAAUUCCACCAAACAAGAAUGGAUAUCCUUGCCACAGGGUCUUUAGAUGGUCUCGUCAACAUAUUUAAUGUGAUGGAACAAACAGAAGAUGAUGCAUUAAUGUACUCGCUAAACGUAGAGAAUUCUACAGAGAAACUGUCGUGGUUAGAUGAGAAGCAUGUAGCCUGUAUCACACAGUCUAAUGACCUGCAGCUAUGGAACACUGAUAACGGAGACAUGGUCAAAAGUUUCACCAGAGAUAAAGUGGCAAGAAGUAUAAAGAGAAGUAAAGGUGACGAUUGCUACUUGGUAGAUAUGUAUAGUUCAAUAGACGACUCGGCGGUACUUCUUGCGGGAUCGUAUGGGGGUGACGGGCACGUGUUGAGGUCUGUAACGAUCGAAGAGAAAAAGUUAUAUCCGAGCACAAACUUCAGCCACAAUAAACAGACGGUGCGAUGCUGUUGGUACGAUAAAGACCGUGACUUGUUAGUGACCACCGGCGAGUCUGGUCUCAUCAGCGUGUGGACGAGCGGAGAGUGCGCAGAAAAUGGGACCAUCUCCAAGAAGUUGUCUAGUUCUAUGAAGCAAUUACAAGUGAAAAGGCAUAAACCGUACUGA